AUGAACAAGUGUGUCUGCAAAAAAGGAAAUGCCGACCGCCAACGCUGGCUGAAGAAGAGACUAGAUCGUAAGGCCUCCGGAGUUGAUCAGUGCGAUCGCCGGAGCAAUGCCUCCCACAUGACUACCGCGGCCGUGCGUUUCCUCCACAAGGAUCUCCGUUUGGCAUAG